UUUCUUUUCGUUUCAGUGGGGUAUUUAACUGCUCGAAACCAGAGUGUUUGAUCACACAGCGAUCAUCAUGAUAUGGACUGCACUUCUUCUUCUGCUGCUGCUUGGACUCGCCGUUUUAUUUGUGUACACAAGGCGUACGCGACGAAGAAAUGAACCUCCUCUUGAUAAUGGAAUAAUCCCGUGGCUUGGCCAUGCAUUUGAGUUUGGAAAAGAUAGCGCUAAAUUCUUAACGCGGAUGAAGCAGAAACACGGAGACAUUUUUACAGUGUGUGCGGCCGGACACUAUAUCACUGUUCUGCUGGAUUCAAACUGCUAUGAUGAUGUCCUGUCAGAUACAAUCUCCCUUGACAUGACCUCCUACAGUCAGCUUCUAAUGAAGAGAAUCUUCAACCUACAUCUUCCCAACCACAACCCAAUAUCGGAGAGGAGGAGAGCAAAAAUGCACUUUCAGGGAACGAAUCUGACACAGCUCUGUAACUCAAUGCACAACAACUUCCACUUGCUCAUGACCUCUCCAGAAAUAGGCCUGAACGAAUGGAAAAAAGAGGGACUCUUCAGUUUUUGUUACAGCUUGCUCUUCAAGGCUGGCUAUCUCACUGUGUCUGGCAAAGAGAAGUAUGACAGUGCAGAGCUGACAGAAAUUUACAAGGAGUUUCGCCGGUUUGACAAGAUUUUGCCUAAACUGGCGCGAUGUACUGCAAACAAAGAGGAGGACAAAGUUGCAAAUUCAGCGCGAGAGAAGCUGUGGGAACUGCUAUUUCCAUCAUGUUUGGACAGAAAGGAAGAACAACAGUCAUGGUUGCAGAGUUACAAACAGCACCUUCAGGAGGAAGGCCUAGAUGCCGAGACACAGAGAAGAGCAAUGCUACUCCAACUAUGGGUCACACAGGGAAACGCUGGCCCAGCGGCAUUCUGGGUACUAGGCUUCAUGCUCACCAACCCUGAAGCUCUGAGGGCAGUUAGAGAGGAAAUCAGAAGUGUACAGCACCUCCCUCUGGAAAAGAGAGAGAAACACACACCAGUGUUUGAUAGUGUUCUUAGUGAGACACUGCGUUUAACUGCAGCUGCGCUCAUGACUAGAGAAGUGGUGCAAAAUAAGAAGGUUCGUUUAAGCAACGGGCAAGAGUACCAGCUCAGACAGGGUGACCGACUGUGUGUAUUCCCCUACCUCAGCCCUCAAAUGGACCAACAGAUCCACCAACAGCCAGAGAAGUUCAAGUAUGACCGCUUCCUUAAUGCAGAUAGGACAGAGAGGAAAGACUUCUUUAAGGAAGGGGUAAGGGUGAAAUAUCCCACCAUGCCCUGGGGGACAAAAGCCAACAUAUGCCCAGGACGCCAUUUUGCAGUUAGUGCAAUUAAAGAGUUUGUGUUAAUGGUCUUGACUCGAUUUGACCUGGAACUGUGUGACAAAAAUGCAACCAUGCCAUCGGUAGAUGCCAGCCGGUAUGGCUUUGGCAUGUUACAACCUGGAGAAGAUCUAGAGAUCCAUUACAGAAGAAGGACUUGAAAGAAAUAACUAGCCAAAUCUGAUUAGAACUGUACAGAUAACAAUAACUAUUUAAAAAUUUUUUUUUUUUUCAAUGAAUGUCUUGUGUAUGUAUUGUUUUUAAAUGUUGAAAUGUCUUGGUUAUUUAUUGCAAUAAU